UUGAAACCAACCCUAAGCUCUUUUCAUCUCCGCCCUAAAGGUAGCCUCGAUUAUUGCUGACUUAAGCAUCGGAGUGUCUACCUUGAGUUCCACCUCGGGGCUUUGCAGGUCAUCUCGGAGUGGAAGCGCGGACUGAAGAAGGACUUCUAGUUUGGUGCAAUUACAUUGGCGCCGUCUGUGGGAAUCGAACUAAAAGCUUUCUAGUUGCUCUUUCAUCAUGGUUCACACUCGAUCAGUCCGAGUUGGUAAUUCAUCUCUGCCUUAUAGGCAAGGUCAACCACUCAACAACCUUCCACCUCUGAUCCCACCUCAAAUCCAACCUCAGCUUCCACCUCAGAGGGACGGAGAGUCUCUAAAGAACUACAUGAGCAGGUUCAACGAUGUGGUGUUGGAGGUUAAUUCCUUCGACCAAGCUGUGGGCAUUGCAGCUGUAAUCUCUGGUCUCAAACAUGACAGGUUUCGAGAUAGUUUGAUCAAACAUGCUGCCACCAUCUUUAGCGAGGUAAACGACAGAUCUCUGAAAUUCAUAACUGCUGAGGAAUACGCCCUGGCGCAAAACCCACCUUCCUCUAAGAACCAAAACCCAGAAUGGAAAGAUGACAAUACGAGCCGGAAAAGGAUGAGAAUGGCGCAGAACCGAGGUCCGAUGUUGACUUCCCCAACGAGAUUCGGAAGGACGAACUCAACACCUCCGCAACAAUAUGCAGCUCAAAAGGGAAUGCUAAAUGAGUAUGUUCAGAGAGCUGAACAGCCGAGGUUUACCAGAGAACAGAGGCCGCAACCUCAAGGAGUCCGCAAUCCCCCAAAUAGGCAAGGUGUAGGAUAUCAGCAAGCCCCACCUCCACUCCCACCACCAGCUAGAAUCAUACAUAUGAUUACGGGAGGCCUUGAAGCAGGUGGACUGAGCUCUAAGCAACAAAAGCUGUAUGUCAGGGAGCCCAUUACUUUCACGUCUGCUGAUCUCGAUACAGUUGUCACACCCCAUAAUGAUCCCUUGGUCACUUCUGUCAUGAUUAACAACUGUGAAGUACAGCGUGUCCUUGUUGACACCGGGAGUGCACCAGACAUCAUGUACUUCCACUGUUUCGAGAGUCUGGGACUGGAUCCAGCAUUGUUGCAGAAAUAUGAUGGUCCUAUCUAUGGUUUCAACAACCAACCUGUUCCGGUAGAAGGAGUUCUUACCCUCCAUGUGGCUUUUAGGAGCGGCAGGACCUAUGUGACCCCGUCGGUCCGGUUCCUUGCAGUAAAGAUGGCGUCCUCUUUCAACAUUGUUAUUGGCCGACCCACACUGACUGAAAUCCGAGAUGUAGUUUCCCAAUCUCACCUCUGCAUGAAGUUCCCAACUCCUAUGGGAAUAGCAAUACUGCGAGGAAACCAGGAAGUGGCCAGGCAUUGUUAUAUCACCUCGGUAACACAACCCAUGAAGGGCAAAGCUCAGACACCCGAGACCAUUCCUCAGCAAAUUCCUAAUAAUCAGCAAGUUAUGGGUGUUGAGAUCAUAGAUAAUCGACCGGAAGAUGAAACCAGAGCUGCUCCGGUCGAAGAUGUUGAAGAAGUGCUCAUUGAUGACAGAGAUCCGAGCCGAAAGACGCAGAUCGGAACUAGAUUGAACCCAGAGGAAAGGGCAGAGCUAAUAGCUUUUCUCCGAGCUAAUAAUGAUGUAUUCGCAUGGACUUCGGCAGAUAUGCCAGGAAUUCCAAAUUCAGUCUCUCAACAUAAGCUCAGCACCAAUCCAUUGAAGAAACCAGUGGCCCAGAAGCAGUGUCUCUUUGGGGGUGAGAGGCUUCAGGCUAUUAAAGACGAGGUAGAGAAGCUCCUACAGGCUGGUUUUAUCAGGAAAGUUGAUUACUGUGAAUGGGUGGCUAACCCAGUUCUGGGUUUGAAACUCGUUUUGGCAAACUCGCCCCGAAUUGAGAAAGCCCUUAUACCGUGGCCGAGGUGCCACAUCCUAGUGCCUAUGUCCUCCAAGACGCUGAAGGAAAGAAAGUUCCUAGAGUCUGGAAUGUCAAUAACUUGAAGAAAUUUUACCCCUAAUAAAAUUCUUUCAAGAAA